CCCGCUUGAGCCGAUAAGAUAACCUUGAUUGGCCCCACCAAAAUUUUACCAUCCAUCGGUCAUCCGCCUGUGGACAUCCCGUCGUCUUCCACGCAUUGCAGUCUUCCCGUCGUACCUAACUUGUCCGCAGACGCGAGGUGCUUCUGCUUUUCCAAUUCGACGCACUCCCGUCACCUGAUUCUAUCGUCUUUCCCUAACCUCCCUGGACUUGGCCUGGAAUCACUUUGUGAACCAUUCAUGCUUUGCGACCCGUCAUUUUGCAGCAUCGUGUCCAUAUAGCCAGAACAAGUCCUCCGUAUCACAGUCAAGAUGGCCAGGGGAAAGUGGAUUGAUAAGAAGACGGCGACGCACUUCACGCUGGUCCAUCGUCCGCAAAAUGAUCCCCUCAUCCACGAUGAGUCGGCGCCGUCCAUGGUGCUGAACCCUACACAGCGCCCCAAUGCCCACAAGUCGUCGACGCUUAGUGCCCUCGCCUCCGAACUCGGUUCCGAUGCCAUGAGCAUCCGUGACAAUGAGGGUGAGGCCGCCAACUAUGGCGUCUACUUCGACGAUACCGAGUACGAUUACAUGCAGCAUUUGCGUGAUCUGGGCACGGGAGCUGGAGAGGCCGUUUUCGUUGAGGCCAAACCGGUCGCAAACCAGAACAAGGGCAAGGGCAAGGCGACCCUCGAGGACGCCCUGAAGCAACUCAACCUCCAGAACAACGCCCAGGAUCUGCUCGACGAGGAGAUCCUCCCCAACAAGAACCUCCAGAGACUCACCUACCAAGCACAACAGGAUGUUCCUGACGCCAUUGCGGGGUUCCAGCCAGACAUGGACCCUCGCCUACGCGAAGUACUGGAGGCUUUGGAGGACGAGGCUUAUGUGGACAACGAGGAGGAAGACAUUUUCCAGGAACUGGCCAAGGACGCAAAGGAGAUCAACGAACACGAGUUCGAGGAGGCUUACGACGAGUUUGAUGAUGACGGCUGGGAGUCGGACCACACAGUGAAGGCUAGCAAGGAGUACAGGCACGAUGGGGACGACGAAGUACCGGAGCUUGUCAACACAGGUGCUGGGCAAGAAGGAGAGGGUUCAGGGCCAUCGGAUGACUGGUAUGAUGCGUUCAAGCAGUACCAGCAAGACAAGAAGGCGGAAAAGAAGAAUAAGGGCCCGGCAGCGCCAUCAGAGAUGCAGUCCUCGAUAUGGACAACGACAACAAUGGGGGGACGCAAGAAGAAGAGAGCCGGUGCCAUGACCAACCCCUCCAUGUACUCGAUGAGCUCCUCGGCGCUUGUACGGACGGACGCCUUGAGCAUCCUCGAUGCGCGGUUUGAGAAGCUGGAAGAGGAGUACAAUGCUGACAUGGACGACCUGGGUUCCGUCUCGGGUGUUUCUGCUGUCUCGACCGUUCAGGGCAACGUGAGGGCCGAUUUUGACGGUAUGUUGGAUGAGUUCCUGGAGAACCAUUCGACAGCCGGAAAGAAGAGGGUGAAGAAGGGCAAGUACCAGAGUGGCCUUGAGCAGCUGGACGAGAUCAGGAGGGGGUUGGGACCUGCCAGAAUCCGUCCUUCGUUUAUCUAGAAAAGUGAGUGUGCUUGGGGCGUUAAGGGGUACGGAAAAGAUACACGGGUGCAUUGCGAUUUGAUAAUUGAAAUUAUGAAUGAACAAGACCCUGAGUGCCUCUGUGAACUGCGACCUAUAA